AUGAACAGACAAAAGAAAAAGUUUAAGAACUCUUUUCUAUGUGAUAGAGAUUAUGUUCAAACUCUGGAUUCCGCCUUCGAGAACUCUAAGCAACAUUGGUUUCAACAGGCAGAGCUCGAAGCGGUAAAAAAUCGUGAACGUAGAUAUCAACAAGGAAGUGGACCAUGCAAUAUUUUCAUACUAGAUACAUCAUCCAAUUUGGGAGAGGAUGGCUUCAUACAAAUGAUAGAUGCAUUUUGCACUAUCAUUGAUGAAUAUGCCAGACACCCAGAGGUGGAUGAAAAUGUAGCUGUUGUGAUUUGUGGAAGGGCAACGCAAUUUAAACAUGACAUUGAAUAUGGCGGACCGUGCCCCCUUACCGCCGCUUUUAUGCUAUCAUUAGGAGCUGUUAUAAAAAGAACAGGAUAUUCGAAGAAGAUUGGAGAUUUCCAUGUUCAUCCUCGCUUCAUUGUUAUUUCGGCUGGAAUGCCAACCGAUUUCACCUUAUUGGACAACUCGGAGGAAAUUGUGAUUAUUAAUUUUUUAGUUAACCGAUUUGUGAUAGAUCAUUUACUGCAAAUGGUAAGAAAUAUUGGAAAACGCCAUCCAAUUUACUGUAUUCCAGUAGGAAAAAAUCCAGACAUGGAGGAUAUUUUCGAAAUAUAUACAAAAAGGUCCUUAUUUAUACCAAUGGAUGAGAUUGAAGAAGAGGAAAACAGCGAAAAUAAUAAGGAUUCCGUUAAAGAGUCGGACCCUAGUAUGCCCCCGUUAGGCAGUAGAGUAAGGAAGAGUCCAGACGGUCCUUGGGAUACCCUAGAAAGACAUAUUAUUGGAACGGUAAUUAAGCAUUCUAAAAAUGCUGGAUGGUUGAUUGUCCAAUGGGAUGGAGGUUCUAUAGAUAAAUACAGAUAUGGAUUAUCCAAUGAACAUGAAUAUAAAUAUGACGUUAUCGUUUGCGAUGUACCAAGAAUAUUGGAGAAUGAAUUAAUAGCCAUUGGAUGUUUGGUUUAUAGAGGUCCAGACUGGAGAUUUCAUGAUCAAGAUGGGGGAGAAGGAAGUAUAGGUUCGGUGUACAGCGCAACCCCUAAUGGAAUUGUUGAUGUCCGCUGGGAAAAUGGCACUAAAAACAACUAUCGAUUUGGAUAUGAUGGUAAAUUCGACCUGUCUAUGUGCGACCCUUUCUCGGCGGAGGCAAACAGAUUUUUACAAGAUCAAAAAAGACGCGCUGCCUCUAAACUUCCAGAAUCAAUGCAAUACAUUUAUACAGAUAUUUCAUCUACAGGUAUCAAAACCAAAAUACGCCAAGAUCAGGUGAAGAAAAAAUGUUAA